CGCAAGAGCUAGGGUUUGCCUGGCGGUAGGGUUUGGGGGCGUGUGAGCGAUCGGUUUUGAAAAAAUGGAGGCGGAUUGAGGCUUGUUCUCGCAGAUUCUCCGCGGCAGCGAGCUGCGAGCGCCCGGAUUGCGAUGGAUGGCGUCACCGGAGGCGAUGUGGAGCUCAUGUCCAAGAGCUUGCAAGUGGAGCACAAGCUCUUCUACUUCGACCUCAAGGAGAAUCCGCGCGGCCGAUACCUGAAAAUCUCGGAGAAGACAACCACCUCGCGCUCCACAAUUAUCGUCCCGGAGAGCGGCAUUGUGUGGUUUUUGGAUCUCUUUAACCUCUACUCUAACGGGGAUGAUAAGUUCGAGAGCAAGGAGCUCCAGAUGGAUACCAAGGUGUUCUACUUUGAUGUUGGGGAGAAUCCUCGAGGCCGGUUUCUCAAGAUCUCGGAAGUCUCGGCAGCGUCGGUCCGAAGCACGAUCAUCGUUCCCUCUGGCAACGAUGCCGACGAGGGCUGGGUCCAAUUCCGACAUGUUCUAGCGGAAAUUCACGAGGCAUCGCAGAUGCUCUUGUCUUCCAUCGAGAACCGUCAAAUUGGAGCUCCAGAGUCGUCGCCCAUCAACGCUGGAUUCUACGACGGACCCGUAAGGAACGGCCCGACCGUAGCUCCUCCGAGCAACGAUACGAGUCGGAUGAGCUCCACUGCCAGAGUUUUGCGAGCCGAGCAAAAAAAGUUCUUCUUUGAUCUCGGCUCCAAUGCCCGGGGCCAGUACCUUCGAAUCUCAGAGGUAAUUGGUGGUGAUCGAUCGGCAAUCAUUCUUCCAGCAUCAGCACUAGAGCAGUUUCAUGAAACCGUGGGAGAAUUUGUGGAAUUACUCAAAGCCCAGGAACAACAGGUCUCCAGCGCUGUUCUCGCGGACCCCGGCUACACAAAGUGAAGAAAGAAAAAAAUUCAGUGUUUUUGCUUCUUUACCCUUUUUUACCCUGUUCGCGUUUUUUGUAACCGUCGGAUCGUGGCCACGUGUCAGCUUCUGGCUUUUGCCAUUUGAA